AUGAACAAAUUCCCGAGAAAAUUCCUCUCCGUUUCUUAUCGAUUCCUAGCGACCAAACACCCCGCCGAGAAAGAAAAAAAAUUUCACUUGUUUCUCACUUCACAAACGACCAAAUCACCCAUCAUUCACCACCACCACGAUACAAUAAUGCCGUCAUCCCAAAUCCUCCCCGUCACCACAAUCCACCACCAUAAAUCCCCCCAAAAUUUGGGGAAUUCCUCCUCGCCGCCAAUUGCAGAGACUUCGCUGUCGAUCAAAGAAGAAGACGAAGAGGAGAGUGUUAAUCAGAUGGUGAUGAACCUAGUCAUCGACGACCCUUCAACCCGGCUACUGAUUUCUUCCUCCGACGAGAUUACCACAUCCCACAAGAAGCCUCUGCUAUCGCGGAAUUCUAGUUUUUCAGGUAUUUCCACUGCCAGAAGUAGUACUAAUAGUAGUGGUAGUAGCAGUAGCGAAGGGUUCGGCAAGUUUUAUGAUCACAGCAAGAAGAAGAGGCGUCGUCGGAUGGCUAGUGAAACGUGUCUGCUUUCCUCGAUUGUUUGUUCAGAUGGUGGUGGCGGUGGUGAUGGGGCGGGGGAUGAAGUGAGCGGCCGGCAGCAGUCGUUGAGCCGUGAAGUGGGUCAUGCGGCGGCCGAGACGUUUCUGCUUACCAGAUUGAGUUUGCAGCUCUUGACCUAUCUUGGGGUAGGCUAA